AACAGGAUAUUAAACAUUUUGAAUCUUUAACAUUUCGAGCAACAGUUUCAGCAAGAUUACCAUUCACAUGGACUCAAAAUGAAGAAAUUAAAAAACUAAUAAAAUUUAUCAAUCCUAGUAUUACUUUACCAUCCCGAAAAAUGCUUAGCAAUCAAAUUUUAAAAUCAGAAAUACAAGAUGUUCAAACUC